CACGGCCAGGCGCUAGCAGCGGGAGGAGGAGCUGCGGCCGUGGCCACCGGGGUUAGUCCGCCGCACCGCGGGAAGCUGCCGACGGCGCGGGCUCUUGCUGGUCCCCUCGUGGAAAAGGCACGGGCGACCGCGGAGUCAUGGAGCCUAGUGACGCGGCGCGCCCGGGUCCCGGCAGAGCUGUUCCGGGGCUAUCGCCGCGGCUGCUGCUGCUGCCACUGUUGCCCAUGCUGCUGGGUCGGGGGCUGCUGGCUGGGGCCGCGGCCUCCUCCUCUGGGGCGGCGGCUGAGGACAGCAGCGCCAUGGAGGAGCUUGCCACCGAGAAGGAGGCGGAGGAGAGCCACCGGCAGGACAGCGUGAGCCUGCUCACCUUCAUCCUGCUGCUCACCCUCACCAUCCUCACCAUCUGGCUUUUCAAGCACCGCCGGGUGCGUUUCCUUCACGAGACCGGACUGGCCAUGAUCUAUGGGCUCAUUGUUGGAGUGAUCCUGAGGUAUGGCACCCCUGCUACCAGUGGUCAUGACAAGUCACUCAGCUGUACUCAGGAAGACAGAGCCUUUAGUACUUUAUUAGUGAAUGUCAGUGGGAAGUUCUUUGAAUACACUCUGAAAGGAGAAAUCAGCCCUGGCAAGAUCAACAAUGUGGAGCAGAAUGACAUGCUGCGGAAGGUAACAUUUGAUCCAGAGGUUUUCAACAUUCUGCUGCCUCCAAUUAUUUUCCAUGCUGGAUACAGCUUAAAGAAGAGACACUUUUUCAGAAAUCUUGGGUCGAUUCUGGCCUAUGCCUUUUUGGGAACUGCAGUUUCCUGUUUCAUUAUUGGAAACCUUAUGUAUGGAGUGGUAAAACUCAUGAAGAUUGUGGGCCAGCUCUCUGAUAAAUUUUACUACACAGAUUGUCUCUUCUUUGGAGCAAUUAUUUCUGCUACUGACCCAGUGACUGUGCUAGCAAUCUUUAAUGAACUGCAUGCAGAUGUGGAUCUCUAUGCUCUUCUGUUCGGAGAGAGUGUCCUGAAUGAUGCGGUUGCCAUUGUACUAUCCUCGUCUAUUGUUGCUUACCAACCAGCAGGACUAAACACUCACGCAUUUGAUGCUGCUGCCUUUUUUAAAUCAGUUGGCAUUUUCCUAGGUAUAUUUAGUGGCUCUUUUACCAUGGGAACUGUAACUGGUGUUGUUACUGCUCUAGUGACCAAGUUUACUAAGCUGCACUGCUUCCCCCUGCUGGAGACAGCGCUUUUUUUCCUGAUGUCCUGGAGCACAUUUCUCCUGGCUGAAGCCUGUGGGUUUACAGGUGUUGUAGCUGUCCUUUUCUGUGGGAUUACACAAGCUCACUACACAUAUAACAACCUGUCAGUAGAGUCUCGAAGUCGAAGCAAGCAGCUUUUUGAGGUGUUACACUUCCUGGCUGAGAACUUCAUCUUCUCCUACAUGGGCCUGGCUCUGUUCACCUUCCAGAAGCACGUUUUCAGCCCCAUUUUCAUCAUCGGAGCUUUUGUUGCUAUCUUCCUGGGUAGGGCUGCACAUAUCUACCCACUCUCCUUCUUCCUCAACUUGGGCAGAAGGCAUAAGAUUGGCUGGAAUUUUCAACACAUGAUGAUGUUUUCAGGCCUGAGAGGAGCGAUGGCAUUUGCACUGGCCAUUCGUGACACAGCAUCCUAUUCCCGCCAGAUGAUGUUCACAACCACGCUGCUCAUUGUCUUCUUCACUGUGUGGGUCAUUGGUGGAGGCACGACACCCAUGUUGUCAUGGCUCAAUAUAAGAGUUGGUGUGGAGGAGCUCUCUGAAGAGGACCAGAAUGAGCACCGAUGGCAGUACUUCAGAGUUGGUGUUGAUCCAGAUCAAGACCCGCCACCUAACAAUGACAGCUUUCAAGUCUUACAAGGGGAUGGCCUGGAUUCUGUUGGAGGAAGCCGGACAAAGCAGGAAAGUGCAUGGAUAUUCAGGCUGUGGUACAGCUUUGAUCAUAAUUACUUGAAGCCAAUUCUCACCCACAGUGGUCCCCCACUAACCACCACUCUCCCAGCCUGGUGUGGCUUGAUGGCUCGAUGUCUGACCAGUCCCCAGGUGUAUGAUAACCAAGAGCCACUGCGAGAAGAUGACUCUGAUUUCAUCCUGACGGAAGGUGACCUCACCUUGACCUAUGGAGAUAGCACUGUGACAGCAAAUGGCUCCUCAAGCUCCUACACAGCCUCCACGAGUCUUGAGUGUGGUCGGAGAACAAAAAGCAGCUCUGAGGAAGUGCUCGAGCGAGACCUGGGAAUGGGAGACCAGAAGGUUUCCAGCCGGGGAACUCCCCUUGUGUUUCCACUGCAGGAAAAUGCAUGACUUACCUAUAAAUUCUGAGGGAUCAGGGAGGCUCUCAUAAGGGUGAGGAUGGUCAAAUGCCCCAGUGUGUCUGAUAUGUUACAUUGACUGUGUUAAAACUAAUGCUUGCUUCAACGGGGCUUGAAACUCUCUUACCACUCAAAACUUAACCCAAGACUCAGAUGACGAAGCUGAAGUGUCUCUAAAUUAAAGACAAAUGUAGACCUAUUCCCACUUUUUCACAUAGUAGUACACUGUUUCAGAGUUAAACAAAACAAUAGCAUGCUUUAAUGGUCUCUCACUUCAUCCUCCUGUAGCAUCUGAGCAUGGUGGGUUGGAUAAGGGGCUUCAUCGCUACGCUAUAGUGCCAGUCUAGCUGGCCCAAGAAACAUCAAGUUGGGAGGACAAGUUAGACAAAUGACAGUGAAGAAAGAAACUGGGAUCAGAAUUCCAAUGGUGCCAGAUGCUGGCGUUGCACCAGAUCAUCCUCCUGUCACAGUCUUGCCUAUUCUACUUGUGUUGCUCCUAGACUGAGGAUUAGGAAGUAUGUCCAUAGGCUGGCGCCUUAGCUCAGUGGGAGAGUACUAGAGUACUUGCUGUAGCUCACCAGACCCUGGGUUCUACCCCAGCACUGCAAAAAUUGUGUGUAUGUGCACAGGGGUUUUCCAAGAGCAUUUCAAUAUGGAGGUGGGCGGGGGAGGGGGGAGAAGUCUAGUUCCUUCUCUGGAAAUCUUUAUAAAAGAGUUACAGAAAUGUUUAAAACCAAAGGCAAAUCAUGUUCUGUUCUUCUGUUUUCAUUAAAUGAGGACUGGAGGUACUAGGAAA